AUCGUCAUCUUCAUCGAUGUCAUGCCCUUUACCCCCAUAAAACCUCCCCAUUGACCCCCUUCAUCUUCAAUGCAAAGUUAACCUUUAAAAAAACCCCAGUUCGCCCCACUCCCUUCAAACCCUAAAAUUUUAACCCCCAAAGCAGAAAAGCUAAGAAAUCAAAGGCACAACUCUUUUGCUUCUUCUUCUUCUUCUUCUUUUUAUUUCUGUGAAAGGGAUGAGAGUCCCUGUUUGUUCCCCACAAGGCAACCAUUAUCCGAUCCCAAAGCCUGACAUCAACAAUAACAAUAUUACUAUCACAGCCGGGAACAUCAGUUUCCUUAACAGUAGUGUUCCAGCGAGCUCAUGCGAGCCAACGUUGGAUCUUGAUCUCCGUCGAAGCCCAAGUUCGGCGGUAACAGAAAAGCCGGUUUCGAAUCCUGCCGAUAAUUCUAAUUGUUUCUCAGUAUCGGGUCCUCAUCAGCAGCAGGCGGGUCUUGAGUGGGACGAGCAUGUGCUGCGAAACAUGGAUUGGGAUGCCAUCCUGAAAGACUUCGGAUUAGAUGAUGAAUCUGUGCCUGCUACCAAAACUAUUCCUCCUCAGGUCAUCAACCCUAGACUCGACAAUCACAUCCAAAACGUCCCCGAGUUAACGUCCUGCGAGUUGACUCAUCACCCCCUCCAUUCUGAUUUCAAUCUUUACGAAUCUUACUCGGAAGAUCUGAUAAGAGCUGCGAAUUGUUUCGACACCCACGACCUGCAACUCGCGCAAGUGAUAUUGGAUCGGCUCCAUCAACGGCUACGAUCUCCCUCGGGGGAACCAUUACAAAGGGCCGCUUUUUACUUCAAAGAAGCUCUCCAGUCUCUAUUCACCGGGUCAACAUGGCCGAAUCCGGUUCGUUUAUCUUCAUGGAGUGAAAUCAUUCAAACUAUCGAAGCCUACAAGUCCUUCUCUGGGAUUAACCCUAUCCCCAUGUUCAACCACUUCACCACCAAUCAAGCUCUCCUGGAAGCACUGGAUGGAUCAGCACCGUUGAUUCACAUCAUCGAUUUUGAUAUUGGAUUUGGAGGCCAAUACGCUUCUUUAAUGAGAGAAAUGGCUGAAAGAAAUGAUCAUUCUCGCAAGUUCAUUCGAAUAACAGCCGUGGUUCCCGAAGAAUAUAGCUUUGAGACAAGGCUUAUUGAAGACAACCUUAACCAGUUCGCUCAAGCACUUAGAUUAAGGUUUCAGAUUGAGUUUGUUCUGCUCCCAACAUUCGAGACCAUGUCUUUUAAAGCUUUUAAGUUCAUUAACGGAGAAAACACGGCAAUCCUUUUAUCUCCGUCAAUUUUCCGAUCUCUGGGUUUACAAGUAGCGGCCUUUGUGAGUGAUCUUAGGAGGAUUAGUCCAAGCGUCGUCGUUUUUGUAGACAGUGAGGUGUGGAUGGAGUCAGGGACGACGACGUCGUUCCGGAAGAAUUUCGUGAACUGUUUGGAGUUUUACGCCAUGAUGUUUGAGUCGUUGGACGCUGCGGGAGGGGAAUGGGUGAGGAAGAUAGAGACGUUGUUAUUGAGGCCGAGAAUAUUUUCGGCGGUGGAAGCUGCGGCUAGGACGGCGGCGCCGGCCUGGAGGGAGGUGUUUUGUGAGGCGGGAAUGAGGGCGGUGCGUUUGAGUCAGCUGGCGGAUUUUCAAGCUGAGAGUUUGUUACAGAAGGUGCAGGUUCGUGGAUUCCACGUGGCGAAAAGACAAGCCGAGUUGGUGCUUUGCUGGCACAAAACUGCCCUGAUUGCCACGUCAGUUUGGAGGUGUUAACUGUUAACGGAUAAGUGUGUAUAUUAACUUUUUACGGUGUUUGGGAUCUUUUUAUGUUUUACUAUUUUCGAGGUAUCGUGGCAAAAUUACUUUAAUUUUUUUUCAGAAAUUAUAAUAUAAUUUUGAUAUAAGAAUAAAAUUACAUUUUUCCCUUUAAAA